CGGGAAUGUGUCUUUAUCGCUGAACACACUGGUAUAAGAGCUCUUGUGACAGAGAGUCCACAACCACCUGGUGACAAAAUGUUAAGGAUACGCAUUUUCUUUGGCCAAGCAGCUGUGUGAGGAGGGACAGAUUUCCGCACAACAGUCCACAUUCUUCGUGACUGACCAGAGGAAAGAAACUGUUUUAAAACGAAGAGGAAGAGGCACUUGUGAUUUACUCGGGAUGUCAAUAAAGCUUCCUAAGAGGUUGAGCAGCAAAAAGAAAAAGCAUAUAAAGAACAAUGCCCAGACAGAAAUUCUAUUUAAGUUGGGCCUGGAGGCCUACUGGACUACACCACUGGAUCCAGCAUCUAUGUUGGACAUCAGCACUUGGACUUCGGAGAACCAAGCUCCUAUAGAACUUAAGGAUCUUCCAAAAGCUUUCCUCCAACGCCUUUGGCUGCUUCAUCCAGAUGCCCGGAGUACUUGCUGCAAACAUCCACAUGAUGUUCCAAACAAUGCCAACGAACCAAACAAGGAGAUGAUCAAUGGUUUUGGAGAAAGCCAGUAUGCCAUCAACCCCCUUGAUCUAGUUACAGCUGUCUUUAUGUCUGCCAAUGCUUUCCUUCAGCAGGAGAUAGCCAACCGCAUGAUGCAAUGCCAGUUUGCUGUGCCUCUGGUCCUUCCAAACAUAGAUUCAGAAGAAUCCAGUCACUUUCUUCUUUGGCCUUUGAGAGGUGUUGUUAGCCACUGGUGGUCUCACUUUCCAGAUAAAAGCAGUAAGAUCCACCUGGGGGAUUUGGCAAGUACAUGCAUGCCAAUGGUUUCUUGUGUGAAGCUUGGCCACUGUAGUGUCUCCAAGUCACAAGUGCUAAACAAUGUUCUGAGAUCUUCCAGUGAAACAUUUCUCCACAGGGGGAUGGAUGGAGGACAGCUGCCCCGAAGACUCUCCAAUGGCUUGGUAGAGAUCGGGUGGUAUCUACCCACUGGAAACGCAGACAGAAAUAUUUUUCCUGUUCCUGUGGCCUUCUCUAACCUACGUGGUGAUGCCAGUACACAUGAGAAAAACGCUGACCUUCUAUGUGAAGCAUCUUCAGCUGUGAUUGUUUUCUGUGGAAAUCUUAGAGAGAAAGACAAGCAACUCCUUGUUUCCUGGAAAAAUAAGGCAGCCAAACUAAUUUUGGUUGACUUAUCAGACACUGAGAUAAAUGAAAACCGAGUUGUGUGGUUUGUUGAUCAGAACCUCGAAGAACAUAUGGGGAUCCCAGGAGGAGUGCUGCAAGGGGGAGGUUUAAGUGAGGAGCAACUGGCUAAUAGGCUGUGUGACACCCUUAAAGGUCUCCUACCAGAUAAACUGAGACUUGUUACACUUGAGGCGGCAGCAACAUUAGCAGAGGGGCUAGGCCUUAAUGUGGAUGAAGGAGCAGUCUAUAAAAAGGCAAUGGCCACAGUGGAGGAAGCACUGAAAGGUUUAGAUGAGGGAUCUGAUCAGUUUAGGGAGAAACAGCUUCCUUUGCAGGGGCCGUUGUGGAGAAAACUGGCUGAAAUAGAAAAGGAUGAGAGAAAACAGAAAAAAGAACAAAAAGAACCUGACCCCCAGCUGCAACAAGAAAAGAAAGACAUCUUGGCAGAGUUGAGUGGCUACAAAAUGACUCCAGCGAUGAAGAUUUUUACUGAUGCGCUUUUCACAACAGACAAAGUGGAGAGGACUUGUUUCCUUAAUUGGAUGAAGCUGAGGCUUCAGCUGUUGCAAACUCAAAAACAAAACAGUUCACAUGAUCUACUGAAAAAUGUAGAGACAGAAAAAGAAGAUGCCAUGCAUGAAUAUUCUAAUGAGCUUGAAAAUGGAGCUGAUGAUGACCUAGGGGACACUGACAGUUUUUGCACAGAUUCAUCCCUUGAAGAGGAACAAUUUGAAGCUCAGUCUGCAAAUACUGAACUGCAAGUUUCUGAGCAGAAAGAACAUCUUGACCCCAUAUGUGAUCCAGUCAUGGAUCAGCAGUUAUAUGUGACAUCAAAUGAAAAAGAAAUCCAAGGUGAAGAAAUGAAAGCAAACUCUACUGAAGAGCAAAUUUCAGAUCCCGUCUUUGAAGACCAAAACUGCCAUAUGGAGCCUGCAGAAAAUGGAGCCUUAGAUAAAAAAGAGAUACCACUAGCUGAGUCAGAUACAACUUCUUCUGCCCAACAACAAACAUGCCUAGAUGUUUCAUUUGAACAUCAUGUAGCCUCAUCUUCACAGUCUUCUGAGGACCAAAACUGUCAUUUGGAGUCUGGAGAAAAUGGAGCCUUAAGCUGCCAAGGGAAACAGCCUGAUGAACCAGAGCUACCACAAGAUAAGUCAAAUUCGACUCCUUUUUCUCAAGAACAAAUGCGCCUAGAUGUUUCAUUUGAACAUCAUCAAGUAUCCUCAUGUUCACAGCCUUUUGAACCUGAUCCAUCCUUUCUGGGUCUUGAACACUUUUUGCGUGAAAUGGGCCUAAUUUUUGAGCUAACACACAUCAGCCCUGGCAGUGGUAACCAAAAUGUAUUGCGCCUCCCUAGCUUAGCUAUAGACCUUCUUCUCUAUGGGGUUCCACUUGAACUAAUGGAUGGAGAUGCCUCAAACAUCCCCAUACACUGGUUGGGCUGUGUCUUUGCAGAGCUCAAACGCCGCCUACCUCAGGAACAGUGCAGGACCCGAGUGCUGACGAACCUUGGAGUAUAUAAUGCUAGGAAUGCUGAGGUGCUUUCUGCGUUAUUUGGGGUGAAAUUUCCUGAAGGAAGGAAAAGAUCCACAAGGGGAGUGUACAUGGUUGCCCUCUGUCUACCGGAUAACCUUAGAAAGGACAUGGAAUGUGAUUUUUUAUUGUUAAUCGAUGUAGAAGGUCUCUGCUCAGACAUGAAAAGAAAUACGCAGAUCCAUGACAACGAGAUGGCCACUGUUGCAACAGGACUAAGUGAUGUUUUAAUGCAGAACAUCUCUUCCCAGGCAAGUAGUGGUUUUGAAACUAACUUCACUGUGAUAGUCAAUGCUCUCCUUCGCAUCAAAGAACGUGGCUCCGUGCCCAUUUGCCUUUUCUUGGCCCAGGAUGAAGGAUUAAACAAUCUUUUACAAGCCUCACAAUUAAAGCGUGUAUCUAAUGUGCUUCUGACUGAGACUGAGGACAGAAAAAAUGACAAUUAUGCAAAGACCACAAGCUAUAUCAACUUUGUCAAAGGGCCUUGGUGCAAUAUGUCCCUCUCUGAACCAGUUGAUAACCAUUACAGUGAGGCUGUUUUGAAGCUUAAGCAAAACCUUUUCGGAGCAUUGAAGAAGUGUGCAGUUAAGUCUGAAGCCACAGGUCUGCCAGAAUUUAUGAGCCGUUUGUGUGCUGUUUGGGAUUCAGUGAGAGGAGACUCAUUCUCCAUUGGUCUGCAAGACACUGACAUAGCUUUAACAUUCUCUUUAUUGUGCACAGAGCUGUCACAGUGGGAGGAUAGCUUCUUAGAAAACAUGGAAAACUGGCUCAUGGAGGCAACAAAGAAAAUCUUUGCCUCAAAGACAAAGGAUUUAGAAGCUGAAAUCCAAAAUGGCCUUCUGAGUGAGCUGAAGGAUGAAGCCAGAGAGGAAGUCAAAAAAGAGGUGGACAAAAUCAGGUCAAAAGUAGAGGCCUACUUGAUGAAAGAUGACCUCCUUAAAAUGAACACAUUCAAGCCAGUCCUAAUGAGCAAUAUAGAUAAUCUCCAGGAGCGAGUAACUGAGGAGAUAAUAAAAAGGGUGGAGGUAGUCAGUGAGAGCCACUGUUCUUCCGCACAGUUGAAAAAAUUUGAGACCUUACUGGAAAGAGAACAGGAAUCCAAGCUACAAGCACUGAUAGAGAACAGCAAGUCAACCAAAGUUCUCCUUCAAGAUACAGAACUAGAAGAGGCGUUUGAUGGGGUGUGGAGUAAGAUAUUGUCCAACUUUGACUUUAGGCCUUCAGAAACAGAUGAUAUCACUGCAAGAGUGACAGAUAUUCUGAGAGAGAACCUAAUAAGCCGAGGUCUCCAGAAACACAUGAAAAAACUAGAAGACAUUGGGAAAAUCCAGACUGAUUUCUGUGUUUACGAUGAGUACUUUGGAUACCGCAGCAGAUUAAAACACAUGUUUGAAAACAACAACAGAGUACAGAGGUUGGAAGCUCAGCAGGUAGCAUGCAAUAUCAUAGAACAAUACAACAAGUUUGUAGCAGACAAAUCUAGCUCACCUGCAGAUUUCUCUGACAGCUAUGUAACGGAACUGUUAGAAAAUAUUGAAAAAGGUUUGAAAGAAAAAUCUUUGGAAAUCAGAUCAGCUUUUGAAGUUGAUCUGAAGGUUUAUCUCUGUAGCGCUGCAUGCAAAGACUUCCAACAACUACAUGACCUCUAUGCUAAGGACAGAGAGCUUUUGACGUGUAUUUCUGCAGCCAAGAGUAUGUACUUGGCAGAGUUUAUCUACCAGUUCAGGAAGAGAGACCAGUGCCAGAGAUUGGCUCAAGCAUUUACCUCCAUGGUUGUCAAACCUACAGUGUUGGACUACAUCUAUAGACCACUGGGGAUGCAUAUUGUACAAGAGAUCCAAGGUAAAGCCCCACAGUAUCAGUCCAGACGUGCCUUCCACCAAAGCUUGCUGGAAGAACUCAUAAAGGAAGACUGCUUUGAAAGUUUCCUGGAAUAUUUGAAUUCCUACGACAACUUCAGAUUGAGGAAAGUCAAGGAGACAGUGGUGGCUUACCUCUCCGAGUCAGGCAACUUGGAUAAAUGGAGGCAACAGAGACUUGGAGAAAUUGUUGGAAAGAUUGCAGCUACAGUGAGUGAAACAGCAGAAGGUACCAGUGGAGUGCUGAGUGAUGCAAAGCCACUACUGGAGAGAGUGUGCCUCAGUUUAGAAAAAUAUGGUGAUGUGGAUGUCAACAGGGCCUCUCUGGAUGGACCUCUCUUCAAUAUCACCACAGAAUGGGAUCGCUUUGUCACAUGUCUAAUGGAGUUACUGGCUACACUUCGGUUGGACCUUGUCCAGGAGUUCUCCCAGAAUGUGGAUAUCAACCAAUGUCUUCAGUGCCUAACAAUUCAGCCCCAUGACUUCCUCUUCAACAAAGUGAGAGGCUGUGACAAGCAGUGUCCUCUCUGCAGGGCGCCCUGUGAACAGGAGGACAUAGAGCAUGAGGUUCACAGGGCUCUGCUCCACAGGCCCAAAGGCAUGUUGCCCCAUUGCUCCUGUUCUUUGCCUGGCAUCAGUUGCAUUGAAAACAUCCUUGCGGAUGCGAGCAAGUAUGGAGACGACAUGUCUGGCAGGGGCCUUCAUUCCCUCUACCCAGACUGGAACAUAUCCCCUGAGGACCGAAACAGACAGAUGCCUAGUGUUUACUGGAGGUAUGUGUUGGCAAGGUUCAAUGAGAGGUUUGCAAAGGAAUACAAGCAGGAGCCUGCGAAGAUUCCUGAUGAUUGGAAAAAGAUCACUGAGGAGGAGGCACUGGACAGUCUGAAGGAGACCUUCUCUGGAUAGUGGACUAUCUUAUGCUGAAUGCUGUCUACGCCCAGGUUUAGAAGUCUUUUUGCAAUUAUCAAGAAUGUUAAUGAUAAUGAUAAUAAUGGACAGAAAGCUAAUCAAGUGAACCAUUGGCAACACUAAUGAAAACUGAUGUUUUGUUGUUGACUUUUAGUGUCGUUUGUGUAAAACAUGCUUUUGAAAUAUAUUGGAGAUUUUUACUCAUUGUCACACCAUUAUUAUCAUUUAAUUUUAUUUUUUUUUAUCUCUGUCACCCCUUCUUGAUCUGACAGAACAAUGUGCAAAAUAAUAUGUUAGCAAUUGAAACCAACCAAUGGAAUUUUUUUUUAAUAAAUAUGUUUAAAUAUUUAAGCUUUUUUCAUUAAAAAAUAAAUAUAAAUGUACUGGGAUUUAGAGAGAAAUGUAAAUACUCAAAUACUUCUGACUUGUCUCAACUUUAUCUUUCUAGAUAUUCAGCAAUUUACAGAAUGUCAAGUUCAUUAUUUUGUGUUUUGAAAUGACUAACUAGAGUAAAACCAUAAGUGAUAGUGUUUUUUUGUAUAUUCGGACAUAAAGGUUAUUAUGCAACAUUUUAACUACAAAGAUGUAACAAUAUUUAAGUAAAUAAUAUAUUAUAAACAGUAAAGUCAAAGUAUUAAAAUGACAGAACAGAAACACACUUUGCAAAAGUAUUU